AUGGAAAAAGGAACUCACUUUAUAGCCGUCGUGCUACAAAUCGUUGCCGUAAGCAAAAUGACCGUAGUCCAGAUCAUAAUCUAUCCAUACGAAUACGGUAGCCGUAAGAAGGCGCGCGCACUUGGAAGAUAUGCAACACACACUCUCUCGCCGACAAUAGAACGACGUCGACGUUGGCCGCUGAUGCCUCAGGGCGCUGAAGAUACGCGCUGGCCCGCAGCGACACGCCCCCCUCGAGUCGCGGACUUCUCACCCUCAUGGUCUGGAAUCACUUAA